AUGGGUUGCAGUCACAAUCUUAUAUCUCGCCUUAGACUUCACCAUUUUGCCAUUUCUUUACUGAUUCUGUUAAUUUCAAGCUCAUCCCACCUCAGAAUAUUCCAUGCAGAAGGUAGAAUUUUAGUACAGGGGGCAAAUAACCACAAGACAGUGAAAGAAGAUCAGAAGGCAAUCUUGAGGUCCCAAAUCGGUUCGAGGCCACCGCAGUGCGAGAAGAGGUGCAGUUCUUGUGCACAUUGUGAGGCCAUUCAGGUGCCUACGAACUCCACCACAAUCUCAGGAAUUGCCUAUAAUAGAGGUGAUGACCCUCCUAACUACAAUCACAAUCUUAUAUCUCGCCUUAGACUUCAUCAUUUUGCCAUUUCUUUACUGAUUCUGUUAAUUUCAAGCUCAUCCCACCUCGGAAUAUUCCAUGCAGAAGGUAGAAUUUUAGUACAGGGGGCAAAUAACCACAAGACAGUGAAAGAAGAUCAGAAGGCAAUCUUGAUGUCACAAAUCGGUUCGAGGCCACCGCAGUGCGAGAAGAGGUGCAGUUCUUGUGCACAUUGUGAGGCCAUUCAGGUGCCUACUAACUCCACCACAAUCUCAGGAAUUGCCUAUAAUAGAGGUGAUGACCCUCCUAACUACAAGUCCAUGAGCUGGAAAUGCAAAUGUGGAAACCAAAUUUUCAACCCAUAA